AUGGCGAAAGAGAAGGAGGUAGAGGAAAACGAUAGGGGACGGAGGGAAACGGAACUGGCUGCGGAGCCGCAGCACGUUAGCACCAGGAGAAUGACGAAGGCGAUGCCGCCAAAGGAGGGACCCUCCCGCUUCACGCUGGACAAGGAGGGAAUAUGGACUGAGGAAACAACAGAGGAGGAGGAAACCCCCGCCAGAGAAGCACCCCGAGCGAAGAGAAAGAAGGCCAACGAAUCCCCCGAACUCCCCGCGGACCCGGCUGAAGAAAUGAGAACAGCCACAACGGCGGACAUAGGAGCCGAACUGAUUCGCCGGGCCGCCGAGGUGGCCAAGGCUGCCGAGGCACCCCGCGGCCACAAGGGCGCGCAGGGGAAAACCCUGAAGGAGGCGGCGAGAACCAUCACCGCGGGCGUGACAGAGAUAGUGAGGAGAACGGACCCUGUCACCGACGCACUCGCUAUAGCGCAAGGACGCAUAGCAACACUGGAGGCGGUGGUAGAGGCACUCCGAAAAGAGCCGGCCUCGCGCCCCUCCGCGGAUGAGAGCAGCUACAGGGCGCGUCUCGCUGCAGUCGAGCACCAUGUAGAGGAGAUGAGAUCCUUGCUGCACCGACUGGAGGAACAACUGCAGGGAACAGAAAAAGGAGAAGGAAAGGAGGUCGCCCCUGCCGCGAACACGAGAGGGAUGGAGCCUGGAGCCCCAAGCACCCCAGCGCCCAAGGGAGGCCGAACGGCUGUCACCGAAUGGCAGACCGUCGGAAGGAAAAGAAGAGGAAAGAAGAAGGAGGCAGGGAAGAAGCAGCCGGCGAAGCUGAUCCCCGAGACAGGGGCGGAGAGCCAGAAGAAAACUCCGGAGAGUGGAUUGGAGAACGCACGAAGAGGGGGAGGCAGGGGGCCCCUCCCGCGCGCACCGCGAACGUCAGCGGUAACAAUCACCCUGACGGACAAAUCGAGCCAAUCCUACGCGGAGGUGCCGGCUGCGGCCAAGGACAGUGUCUCCCUGACCGAGCUCGGCAUCAACACGAUGAGGAUGCGGAAGACUAUCACCGGAGGUGUCAUUUUAGAGGUCCCUGAGGACCAGGGAAGGGGGAAUGCCGCAGCGCUCGCAGCACAGCUGACGCGGGCUCUGGACCCGAACGAGGUCCGCGUGGCGACCCCCUUCCGAGCCGCGGAGGCAAGGGUGUCCCUGAUAGACAUAGCGGCCACCAAGGCGGAAAUCCAGAACACCCUGGCGAGGGAGAGCGGCUGCAAGCCGGAGGACAUCCGGCUUGGAGAAAUCCGCCUCGCCCGGAACGGACUUGGUACCGUAUGGAUACGAGGCCCUGCCAGUGCAGUGAGGAAACUGGCCCAGGCUGGAAAGGUCGCCAUAGGCUGGUCGACGGCGAAGGUCGAAGCCAUCGAACGGAGACCGUUACAGUGCUACAGGUGCCUUAGGUUAGGACACACGGGGAAGACCUGCACCGCCAAGGAGGACAAGGGGCACCUGUGCUUCAGAUGCGGCGAACCAGCGCACCAUGCGAGAGCAUGUACUACUGCGAGCCCGAAAUGCCUGCUCUGCGAGGCGCUUGGAGCACCAUCGGUGCACAGGAUGGGGGGACCGGCCUGCGCCCCCUCGAAGAAAGGAACGAAAGGAGCCGCCCGCGGAUCCACGGCUGCAAGAGGCAACGAGAAAGGCUCCCCGUCGCAAAGCGACGCUAAGCCCGCGAACAAGGAGACUAACCUGGGAAGGUCGAGGCGAGCACAAGACCUGCUCUACCAAACCAUCCGGGAGAGCACGGUCGCCCUAGCGGUGGUGGCGGAACCACCCAGUAUGGGCGGAAGACCUGAUGGCAAGCCGUCGCAGCAUUCUGCUCCUGAGAAGGCUGCACAGAGUGACCGCCAUCAGAAUCAUUAG